CCAACAAUGGCCGAGUUUAGGAAGUUUGGAGAAUUGCAGCUUCUCUACGGAUCACAGAAUCCGAAAUUUUAGUUGGGGGAAAUACAUUUCCGCCCCCCACCCCCUCCCAUAAAAAACAAGUAAAUGUGGCGGGGGCGCCGGUGUUCGUAACAAAGGGAGCGGGCUGACUGGCCAAAGCGGGAUACUGGGGAAAAGCGGAGAGGAUCUGGAAAAGAGAUUAGAUUUCGCUUCUCUCUCAUCAAUUUUAUGGUUAAUGUCAAGCGGCUCCAUUGUGGGAGAAGAGGCACGUCAGCUAGCUAUAAAUUCGUGAGCAGAGUGGCAGCGCAGAGCGCAUCUGUUUGACCGAGUUCAUUGCCUCUCAUACUGUAUGGAGACAGGUAGAAUCCUGUUUGAGCACCAUCUAUCAGCAAACCAGAGUCAAUCCGGGACAAAAUACAAACCUACCAGACAUUUACAACCGAGUUUUCUCUAGGAAACAUUUUCGAUCUGCCGCCUGCACCGUCUCGAGUAUGGAAGACUCGACUGGCUGUAAACCAGAACACCCAGAUGAGCUUGGAUCCGCUUGAAUCCAUUCCGGAGACUCGUUCGGCUUUGUGGAUCUGUACAUUGAGGGUGAUCUCAGUCCGUUAUGGACGGCAGAGAAUUCGCUCCUCCUCCCCACCUCCUCUCUCAUGCGCUCGGCGUGGAGGCGGCCAGGGAGCGAGGCGCCCUGGCGCACCGAGCCGUCGGAAGAAUUGCCUCAACCGGCCACAGCACGGCACCGCACCCGGCUCAUUUCCAACCUGCAAAAUAUUUCCCAUCUCCCCUCCCCAUGGCCACACAUUCAGGCAACGCACUGAUGGGAAACUCAUCAGCCACAUUCAUGGGAAGUUUCCUAGCCAGCAGUUUGGGGUCAGCACCUGCUCAUCCUGCAGGACCCACGUCUUCCCCCUCUGAGCCCGCCUUCCGAAGUCCCCACACGGCGACGUCACAGAUCUGGUUCUCUCACUCCCACGAAGUUCCAGGAUAUUCCAGAUUUUCAAGCAGUUUGGCCUCCACUUUCCUUCCCAUGAGCCAUCUAGAUCACCAUGGCAACAGCAACAGUGUACUUUAUGGGCAGCACAGGUUCUAUGAUUCACAAAAAGAUGGUUUCUAUCUGAGGAAUUUGCCCGGACAGCCAACCCUGCUCUCAACCAAUCACAGCUUCCCUUCCAUUUCCCGCACGGCUCCCAUUGGUUCCUGCAGCAGAGACCGAGAAAUGAGCCACUCCCACAAGACAGUCAAGGAAACUGACAGACUGCUGGCCGCAAAGGAACCAGGCAAAGAGAGGAUGAGUAAAAAUGAAGCCAAUUCAAUGAACAGUCAAAGGACACACAAGGAAAGACACUCAGAAGAAGAUGGAAAAGAUGGACACAAGAUAGUGCACCCUCUGAUGCCAGACAUUAGAUGCAAGGAAGACCUAACAAAUAUGCACAAUAGUAUGUGUGAAAACAGAAAUAAACAAUUCAAUAGCUGUUUAACAAACUCCAAAGUUAUGAAUGGAGAUUCCAGUAAGACUUUAUUAGCAAGCUGCACUAAUAUUGGUGGGAUUUUACCAAGGCAAAUGGACAUCCAUACCCCAGGCAGGUGUACCAAAGAGAGCUUAAGGUUUGAGAGGGAUUUCAGAGAAAAUGGUCCCUCUGGUCCAAUGCAUAUCGAAUGCUCGGACAGCUGGCAAACACCACACCAUUCUGUUGCAUACUCUGUUCCUUCUUCACUGUCCAACAUUCCUCCGUCAUCUAGCACAGGGUCUGGAACAUUCCCCUGUUUGCAGGUUCAUUCCAACUUAGACCUUUUUUACCCUACUCAAGAUAAGGCUGGCAGGGAGCUCAAGGUCACUGGGCCUACCUACGUGCCUUCAGUGGGACAUUUUGGUGACAAAAGUAGACCUUUCCAAGUCACUGCAGAGAACUGCAAGAUCAACAGAAAUAUAGGGAAGGAGAAGACACAGGAGAAGAACGCAGAGAGGACUGAUGUCGGGACUGUUCCCAAUUCACACCUGCAUCUGAAGCUAGAUGGGAAAGGAAUGGACUGGCCCCACAACUCAGCCAUAAAAUCCAAGCAGCAAUGUGGUAGCAGCACUGGUGCACAGAUGGUGAUUCCCUUCACACCUCAGGCAGCCAAGGGCCCCUCAGGGAAAGGUAGCACUUACGUUAUGCCACAGACUCAGGAUUGUUUCUGUUCGAGGGAGCUGGAGACUUGCUGCGCCAAACUGACCCACUCCAGUUACAUGCUGGACCGGGAGCAGGGCAGCGACGUGCAAGAGAAAGCUUCUAAAGACUCACAGGGGCAAAAAGUGGCCCGGAUACGACACCAACACCAUAAGCUUCCUGAGGUGGAGCACAUAGGAAGUGGUUCGGAGAUGAAGAGAAGGCCACCAGAGCUCAGUUGUAUGAGCUACAAUGGAUCCCACAUACCACCGUGGCAGGGUGCCCAGAUCCCAAUAGGUGAAGACAGGAAGAACUCCUACCUUGACCCUUUCAGUUCAAGUUUACAGCAGGCAGCAAUGUUGUCACAAGGAUCUGUGCUAAACCAAGACAUGUUGGGUCAGACUGAUGAAGUCUCGGCCAUGAAGAGUCUGCUAAAGUACAGCAGCUCCUUUCCUCCGGGCACGCAGGCCCUGAUUGUUGGGCAGAAGACCCCAUUUGGAGGUCUGGGGAACAUCAGGGCCAGCUGUGUCCACCAGGAGAUUAAGCUGCAAAGCGGGAAGUCAAGCCUAGAUUUGGAGCGUCUAGAUUGUACCAAAGGAAGGGAAAGUGAGUCAUCUCAGGGUGAUGGAGAGGUGCGGCAGCCUCCAGUUGGCAUUGCGGUGGCAGUUGCAAGGCAGAAGGAUAACCAGAACAAGCACGAGCCGCCUUGUGGUGCUGAAUCCAGCCGGCAACACAGACAUGUUCCUGGGGUAAAAGGAUCAUCGCGUUCUGCCUACGUCAUCGACUUGGAGGUGGAGGAAGAAAGCAAUCAUUUUCGUGAGGAGAGAAUGGGCCUGGCGCGUUUGGAUAGGGAAAGGGACCACUUACUUCGGGAAAACAAAGAUCUUGUGGAGCUUGCACGAAUCCGUCCAUCUAAUGGUUGUCCUGGAGACCUGAAUCCAAACCUGAUGGUCACUGGAGGGUCAUCUUUACAAGCCAAUCAGCUGGGAACUGAUCCCAGUGCUCAUCCUCACCUUACACCUCCACACUGGCUUCCAAGGACGGGCAGCCCCUCAGUGUGGAUGGGUGGCCAUUCAUACGGAAUUGGUCACCCAGCCCUCCAUUCAAAUCUACCACCUGGAUUUCCAGCAUCGAUGCCAAGCGCCAUGCAGACAGUAUUUCCACUUUCCCAAGAUCCUUCAGCCCAACUUGUUAUUCUUCCCACUGAGCCACCAGCACCACACCCAACUCCUCAUCACCUCGCCGAAGUGAUCGAUCCUGCACAUUCCCUCUGGCCACCCAUCUAUCCAGCUCGAGCCCCUGCCUCACAUAUGCAACAUCCAGGCCAGCUCUCCGUAUAUCCUCGCUCCCAGCUUCUCCGCCAACAGGAGCUCUACAUGCUGCAACAACAACAUCAGCAGCAUCAACAGCAGCAGCAGCAGCAGCACCAACAACAGCAACGGGCACAAGCACUUCAACUCCAACGGCACUCACAACUAGCGGAUCAACGGAAGGCAGAGGAACCUCGAAUCGAGGCAGAAGAACACACUUUAGAGAGGAACAGGAGAUCACACAAAACAGUUGCCUUAAACUCUCCCAAGAGUCUUUCUUCACCAGUCAUACUGCCAUCUGGCAUGUGUUCUGCCAAACUCUCACCAUGUCAUCAUUCUCCUUCAUUAAGACCUAAGUCAGGAUGCCCCUCUCCCCAGCCCACUGCCGUAUGCCCAUUGCCUUCUUGUCCUACUUCUGGCUCUGCUGCUGUCCCACAAUCAUCCGUGGUCAGUCCUCCUUCUUCCCAGAAUUCCACAGGAAGUCAAACAGCCGAAAAGCGAGUGGAAGGAGAGCCGUCUGAACACUACCCCGAAUCCUUUGAGCCAGAACUUCCACCUGGCUACUCGUACACGGCAGUUACUAUGGGUUAUCGCUCCCCAACUCCUCUUGUACACUCUGCCGAUCCCGCAGAUGCUGAAACUAUGCAACCCGUCCCCACCACAGCUGAACCAGAGCAGUCCAGAACCAUUACGCCUGGUGCGAAAAUUCACUGUGAUACUCGCUCAGUCCUGACGGAGGAGACAAGCCCUAGUGAACAACAGAUCACAGCAAACGACCUGGACAUUGUCGAGCAAAAUGAGCACAGCCUUCUCCGCAGCUCAGAGGAAAAGGAGACAGUAAAUGCUUUGCCAGCAGAGAAUUCAACUGUGGAGCAACUUGAGCCAUCUAUGAAAGAAAACAUGGAGUGCUUAAGGCAUUUGAUUGCUUCUCAGGGAAAUGACACUGAUGGAAGACUUGAAGGAGAAGACUGCAGACAAGAAAUUUCAGCGAAUGAGUCACCUCACUCAACCAGUGAGCCCACGACCUUAGCCAACAAAACACUGGAUGUAAGAAACUCUGAUCACUUGAGUUUGGUACCUGGGACUGACUUAAAGCAUGAAUGCAGUACUGAUGAGGAAGCCACACAAGUGAAUCAGGAUGACGAUUCUGAAAUUAGCCAUGAUGCCUCAGAGAGGGAUGAAAUACUCAGGUGGCGGUUGGACUGCAUAGCAGGAAUGAAUGCCCUGGUGGCAGCUGGCCUCAGCAUGGGAGAGCUCCUUGCUUUAGAGCCUGAGUUUCCCAGUGCCCCCAUGCCACCUUCACACCCUACAACAUCGACCUUUUACCCCUGCUCAGGGAUGCAUGGGAUAGCUCUGCUGAGUGAAUUGGCUGAACUAGAACAGCAGCAGCAGAACUACAAUGGCUCCAGUCAAGGGGAGGACGAGGCUGUGCUUACUCAUGAUCUCCAAAGCCUUGCAACUAUUGCUGCUGCUCGUUCAUUGGUUGAAGCAUUACCCAUUGAAUUGGGUGACCCCCAUAUUGACACAGAACCAAGUAAAUCCUACAUAGUUCGAAUCCCACGGGUACUGAAUCUACGAAGGAAGUACUCAUGGCGUCCAAAGGCGGAAACGGUCUGUCCUCUGAAGGCUGCAAUCGAUGGAAUGGACACAUUGGAGCUGGAGAUGAGGAUGAGGCUAGCGGAGUUACAGCGCCGCUACAAGGAAAAACAACGAGAGCUCGCAAAGCUUCAAAGGAGACAUGAUCACGAGAGGGAUGAAAACUCAAGGAGUCCAGCAAGACGUGGGCCUGGGCGACCUAGGAAACGCAAACACCUUUCCACUGUCCUGUCUUCUCUCGGACAACUUAGUGAACUUGAGAAGUGUGACAGCAAAAAAGCUAAAUCCAUCAGGACCGGCUUGACUCUCCUCUGUGAGGAACUGAGGAAUGAAGUGGAGCCCAAGAAAAAGAAGUGCAAACUAACUGGGAGAGAAAGCAAAGAACAGGAAGAUGGCGGCAAUAAGGCUGGCUCAGAGACUAAACCAAGAGCAAAAAAGGACACCCCUCAAGCCAGCCUCACGUCGAAGUUGGGGAAGUACAGCCCCAGGCCAAAGCCAAAGGUACUGGCUAAACCUGCAAAUAAAUCACACACGACAGCCAUCCUGAAAUCUGCCAACACCACCAGCCCAUUCAGAGGGAAAACGUCAGCCCUGCCUGGCAAGAUUCAGAAGCAACUGGGAAAACCAAAGACUUUCCCAGUGACUCACAACCAGGAUAGAGCAAAGCAUAUUCUAACGACUCCUGAAAAAGGCUUGAAAAUGGAAUCGGGAGAAGAGGACAGUGUAUCGAGCACUAAAGCUACUUUUGCAAAGAACAAAGUGGUUCAGAAGGCUAACUCAGUCAUGAAAAAGAAACCUGGUAUUCAACAAAAAAGAAAGGCAGUUGGGGUCAGAGUACAGAAAAGCAACAAUAAGAAGCGGAAACAGGAAGUUCAGGCUAUGCUGAAUGAAAAGGAAUGGAUGUCGACGGAGAGCGACGGAUUCUCUUCAGAUGCUGGUCCAGAUUUGAGUGAGGAUGAGCACAACUAUAACAGUGCAGACGGCAGUGAUGGCACUCCUGAAUUGUCAAUCAAAGACUCCAACUCUGGUCUCCACACAGAAUACUCAACGACACUCGCCACCACAGAGACUGGUCCGUCACCAUCCUCCGUUGUGAAGCUGGAAGCCAAUCAGAAAGCAAAGAAAAAAAAGGAAAGACAAGGCCUUCUGGGAACCCUUGGAUUACCCAGCGUGGAUGGGGACGUGAAGAUUAAAAAGCGCCCUGUCAAACACAGCCUGGAACCUGGCAGUGCAGUGAAGAAGAGUGAGAAGCUCCCAGCAAUGAAGAAAAAAGGACUGAAGACAGGGGAGAAGAAUAAAAAACUGAAGAACACUAAGGGGGGAGCAGAGGUGACAAUCUGGCACCGAUGUGAAUCUGACCUACGGCCCCUGCUGCACAGAGAGAGGAUAUUCCCCAGUGAUACCUCUGUACCUGCAAAAAUAGCAUCCAGAGCUCAGGCCAAGAAAACCACAGCUAGCAGGUGUAAAAAUGUCACCAGGAAAAGCAAACUGCUGCAGGCAACUUUCAAGAAAUCAAGUGGACUCUGCCUCUCCCAAAAAGGAACAAACUCCACUGAUUAUCAACGAAAUAGGCUGAACAAACUCAAGAGCAAACUCCCUGUGAAAGAGUCAAAAGGUCGAGCUGUCAGUAAACUGUUGGAAAGCUUUGCAGCAGAGGAUGACUUUGCAUUUGAUGAAGACAGCAGCUUUUCUGAGGAAGAUGCGAAUGCCUCUGUGAGCUCCUCAGCAGAAUUGUACGUUCCUCAGUCCUGUGCCAUCAGUAAGGAAGAUCUUAAAGAAGGACUUCGAAUCCUCAUACCAAAGGAAGACAAACUGCUGUAUGCGGGAAGUGUUAAAAUUCUCCAGUCACCUGACAUCUAUGGUGUUGUGAUUGAAGGAGAAAGAGGAAACCGACAAAGAAUCUACUCCCUGGAGCAACUGCUGCAGGAAGCGGUACUUGAUGUCAGACCUCCCUCUCGACAGUUCCUGCCGCCUGCUACCAGGGUCUGUGCUUACUGGAGUCAGAAAUCCCGCUGUCUGUACCCAGGAACCAUCAUUCAAACAGGUAGCUCCAGUGACGAAGAAGAAGAGGGCAGAGAUGACUUUGUCACAGUGGAGUUUGAUGAUGGUGAUGUGGGACGCAUUUCUCUGCCGAAUAUCCGUCUCCUCCCUCCCGAUUAUAAGAUACAAUGUACAGAACCUUCUCCUGCAUUGCUGGUAUCCAAUGGGAGGCUUCGGGUUCGGAGAUUCCCCACGGAAAAGCGAGAGGGUGCAGCGAGCAGUCAGAAUCACUCUGUGGAUGGACCAAACUCCACAGAACUGAGCAAAAAAUCUGGCAAGAAGACUUUGUUAAAAGGGAAAGCUGAAAAAGGAAAAGGAGUUUCAAACUCUGAGGUAUCAACACUGUUGAAAGGGGAACACAUGCUGAGUAAAAAGUCAGACACACUGAUAAAUUGGCCAGGGAUUGUCCAGACAAAGAAAAAGAUCUCCAACAAGAAUACAGCAGUUUUAGAAAACUUGUUUGAGUUAAAUGGAAGCACAAGAAGGAUGAAGGGCAAAGAGCGGUUCCUCCCCAUACAUGGCCUCCCACCUCCAGUAUUCAGUGGUGGCUUUGAGGUUGACUCUUUCAGCAGCAUUGCCAGCACGUUUGGAGCCUUUGGGAGCAGUCCAAGUCUGAUGCCAACCCCUAAGCCACUGAAGUACAGAAAGAUGGAGAAACUCGACAUAUCAAUUCCAAAAGGUGGGAAGAGAAAAGCAGAAACAGAAUAUCUUGUAAAAUUAGACCAUGAAGGAGUAAUGUCUCCUAAAACAAAAAACGGAAAGGCCUUGCUGAUGAGUGAGAAGGAGUUUGGAGUGAAAUCUGAUGCUGCGUACUCCCAGGCAGCUUUGAUAAGUAAAGAGCGAAACGGAAGGAUAGAACUUCUAAAAGGAAAACAUGCUCAACUUCAAAACCUUCCUCUCAGUUUAGCCAUGAAUGAGUACACUGGCCAAUCAGAGUUUGGUAUGGAUUGUGACAGUGACAGCCAUAGCUCACUCUCCGACAUGGAUGAUGAAGAUGAAAAUAGAAACCUCCGGCAGAGUGUCACAUCGAGAUUCAUGUCUAGGCUGUCUGUCUUGUCUUCAUCUUCCGGAUCUUCAUCCUCUUCAACAUCUGGUUCUACCUCUACAUCCAGCCUGUGCUCAUCAGACAAUGAUGACUCGUCAUACAGUUCUGAUGAUGACUCGACACUCUUGCUUCAAACCUGUAUGACACGGCCCGUGCCCACAAUGCUGGCCUCCUCGGACCCACGGCAGACAGAGGCGAAGAUUUCCCCACACUCCUUCUCAGUCAAGUCUGUGAUGUCUGCGAAUAAGAUCAAACAAAAGAGGCAGGAAGAGUUACGGCUUCAAAAGGCCAAGGAGAUAUCAAAGAGACAGAGGUUGCCAUCUGUGGAGAAUCGUCCUAAAAUCUCCUCCUUUCUCCCAGCACGGCAGCUGUGGAAGUGGUCUGGAAAGCCAACGCAGAGACGAGGUAUGAAGGGGAAAGCAAAGAAACUUUACUACAAGGCAAUUGUGAGAGGGAAGGAGACGAUCUGCGUUGGAGAUUGUGCAGUGUUUCUCUCUGUUGGACGCCCAAACCUUCCGUACAUCGGCCGGAUAGAAAGCAUGUGGGAAUCAUGGGGAAACAACAUGGUGGUUAAAGUGAAAUGGUUUUAUCAUCCUGAAGAAACGAAGCUGGGCAAAAAGUGCAACGAUGGCAAGAAAGCAUUGUAUCAAUCUUGCCAUGAAGAUGAAAACGAUGUACAGACUAUUUCCCAUAAGUGUCAGGUGGUCGGUCUGGAACAGUACGAACAAAUGAUAAAAACCAAGAAGUACCAGGACAGUCAAGACUUGUACUACCUGGCUGGGACCUAUGACCCUACAAUAGGCAGAAUCCUCAAUGCGGAUGGAGUGCCCAGUCUCUGUUAAAACUUAAUGUAUGAAUUAAUAUAAAGCCUGGAUCUGCACCACAAUAACAGGGAUUGAGAAACCUUUCUGUUAAAAAAAAAUCUAAUUAACCUUAUGAAUUUUUCAAAUGAUGCAAGAUGGACUGGAGCUGGAUACUUGUUAACGACACCUUGAGGCUCAAGCAUGUGGUCCUGGAAUCAUUGACAGUGAGUUUUUAAGUGGUCAAGCAAUGGUUCUCGGAAACAUAAGAACUAAGCCUUCCGGGGAUCAGUAAUACUGGAUUUACCAAAGUGGAACCCUUAGGGCAUCAGGUAGGCUGGAAUUGGAACGUAUAACUUCUAGGCAUCAAUGGGUCGACCAGGCUGAAUUUGCACAUGAGAGAACUAGGCCUCAAGCAAUGGAGAAGGCAAAAUUUGGAGAUGUGAGACCUGGGCCUCAAAGAAUCAAGGAAGCUGGAAUGGUCACAUGGAAACUUGACCUUGAUCAGAGUAGGUUUCAACCAUGGGUCAAACAGCAUGGAGUUUAUUUCAAUGUGUGUGCGUGUGCGGGUGUAUGUGUGAGUGUGUGUGUAUGUGUGUGCAGAUUGGAGAAAGAAGGAAAAUGAGCAUCAUACAAGCCAUACACUCCCAGUACCUCUGUCUGCUUUCAACUUUGCAAAGCAGAAUCAGGUCUAAUGUGUUUUUGUUAUUACUUUGUUUCCUGGAGAGUUUUGUAAAAACCCAGGAAUUUUUUUUUUAAUGCACUGCAUUACUCAGCUCAGCUGAGACUGCUUAUUAGCUGGAACUUCUGAAGAAGAAAAAAGAAAGGGGGAGAAAAAGACAUUACUUUGAAGAAGACUGCUUUCUUAUAUGAGACAGAUUGUGGCAUCAUUCUGUCAGACUAAUUCUAACCUCCUAACUGAACAGUUGUUGAGUGAUUCACUCUGUGGGUUAAAUGUUCCUUUUUUUUAAAAAGUGAUUGAUGAAAAGAAUUAUAAUCCCUAUUGCUAAAAGUUGUAUAGAAUUCUGCACACAUGUAGGGAAUGGUCAGCCAUGUUUGUUCCAUUUCUGAUGCACAGAUGUUAAGGAGACAGUCUCCCUUUUAUUGACCUAUGUGGGGUAGUUAUAAAGGCUUCUUUGAUGCCAAGAUAAGAAAGGUGGUUCAGCCACUUUGGAGAAGAUCUCUUUACAGCAUACCUGUUACUUUCUCUCCUUCGUGAACAGUGGAAACCUGCUUACUGUAGAGAGUGGAAGAUAAAACACUUGUAGUAACUGGUGAAGGAUGAACCUAUGAAGGCUAAAGGCUUUUCACUGUGCUGAUCUCAUGAAGUAUUUUGGUUUUAUUAGGAAGUGAUCAAUUAAUUUAUUCAGUGUAUAAAGCUUUUUUGUUUAAAUUAGAAUCGAUGGGAGGCUCCAGCAUUAACUCAUUGAAAAUGUAUAUCAUUGAAGACAAACCAGCAGUCUUUGACUUGUUUAGUUCCUAAUUUAAGAUUCCAGUUUAGAAGGUCAGGAAGAAAUUGUCUCCUCUCGGCAGAAUUGGAUAAGGUAGCUGCAACACUUGAUAUUUGCUUCUAUUGACUGCAAGGAGCUAAAUAUCGGGCACCGUAUAAAACAGACAGCCAACUUAAUACCACUCUUUUUAUACCACUGACUCAGAUCAAUUUCAAGCCCAUUCUUUCUUUAGGCCUACGAUGCAGGAAUUCAACCUCAGUGUUUAGGAUUAAAUGUGCCACAUGGUAAGUGCCUGUGGAUUGUACUCUGCUUCUGAAAUUGGAUUCCAUUGAAUUCAGGGGGGUGGAGUACAUCCUGCAGAUGCUCCUAUAUUCCACAUUUAGUGCUUGCAAUUGAGGAUGCAUUCUGGUGGUCUCUGAUGUGUCUCCUGUUGAUUUACCAUCUGUGACUAUACCAUGGUGGGCUCUGUGUGCUUAUAGUGGAGGAAUUACAGGCACCAGUAGUCCCCAUCACCCUGUUGAAGAUCAUGAUUACCCAACUUAAGUUCCUUAAGAUAAUGAUGCAUGUAGAACCCAUCAAGAUCUAGCAUAACAUUAUUGAUUUUAGAGCCACAUGUAAACUGUAACCGAUGUAGAUCAAUUCCAUAGGUAGACAUAGAUUCUUAACAAACAACAACAACAUCUUUUUAAGCUUUAAAUGCAAUAACCAAGAGAGAAAAGGUGUUGCCCAAGUAACCCUAACUUCCUUCAGGCUACGUGUCUGUUAUUUUUAAUUGCAGCUUCAUUCCACAAUGGCAAGUUCACUGCUGUUAAAAACAGCAGCUGGGCUUAUUGCCUCCUGUGCUUGCCAAUGCACGACUUUCCACCUGUUUGCUUUAAUGGACAGAAAAUCAUGCUGCAUUGAGCACAGAAGCAGAAACCCUGCCUGGAAAGCUGCAUCACAGACGAAAGGCAACCUGAAACCAUGGAAAUCAGAAACAGAAGCAGAUAACACAGUCACUGCACAGCAGGUUAGUUGCAAUCUGAAUGAGAAUGAAAAGUCUCCAUUUCAGGUCAGAGAAUGAGCUCGAAGUUGUACCUGACAUAAAAAUACCUGCUAUAGCAGCACUGAAAGGGGGACCUAUGCCAGUUUACACAGGGCCAGUAGGGGAAUUCUGCAAGCACAAUUCACAAACAUUAUGUUUGUGGAGUCAGAGACUCAACACAGCACAGAACCAGGCCCUUCAGCCCAUUACAUCUGUGCUGACCAUUGAGUUCCUAUCUAUAAUAAUCCAAUUUACCAGCACUUGAUCUAUAGCCUUCUAUGCCUUGGCAAUUCAAAUGCUCAUUCGGAUGCUUCUUAAAUUUUGUUUGUGAGUACCUGCCUCCACUGCCUUCUCAGCCAGUGCAUUCCAGAUUUCAACCACCCUCUGGAUGAAAGGAUUCUUCCUUAGAUCUCCUCUAAACCUCUUACUGCUCCCAUUAAACCUAUGCUCUCUGGUCUUGGACUCCUCAGUUGCACGAAUAGCUGUGCAUAAUUUCAGAACUCAUAAGGGAAUCCUAAAUUAACCCAUGAAAUGGCUGGUCAUGGCUGGAGCUUCGGAAGCUUAACUGAAACCCUUAGGAAGGAGUGGACUGGUGGGGAAGAGCAGAUGUAGAUAGCUCUGAGAUGGACACAGGCCUCCUCUCUGGCACUGUAUUAGAUAUCAUAUCUCAGAGGUGGACACACACAUAGAGAAUAAGGAACCUCUCCCCUAAAAAGUGUAGAUCUCCUUUGCAACUUGCACCAGGGCCAAAUCCAUCAUUGUUUUCUGCAACAGACUCCCCAGUGAUGCUGCAGGUGCGGUGUCUUUAAGGAGCUCUCAAGAAGUCCUUUUCCCUUCCUUUAAGGCCUACUUGUUGAGUCCAUUCUAAUUCUAUAAGAUAUCCAAGAUCUAAUGUUACAGCAACUACAUCAAAUGUCCACUGUGUAAUGAUUGGCACCACGGCUGCAUACCCAGUGCUAUUCAUGCAUUAGUGCAUCUUGCCUACAGAAACACAUGAUCCAGCAUUGCAUUGUGCACUAUAUGAGCUUUGAAUAUCUGUUCAUACUUAGGAAUUGAUUUUACACCUUUAUUAGGAUGCCUGAAAAACAUGUGCAAUGUCAUUGAUUUUAUAAACCGUUGUAUUCAAAGAUUCAGAUCUGAUGAAAUCUCCCAUCUCUCAUCCAAUACAAACAUAGCUUUCCUUCUCGAAAUAUUACCAAACCAUUGUGCAUUUUUAGCACUUUGUCUUUCAAUCUGUACCAGACCAACUUUUACAUUAACACCCCAGUCCUUUGAUAGAAGAGUUUGUUGCUCUAAAUAACUCAAUAACUAAAAUACACAACACUGAAUAUAUCUUGAUGCUUAAGAUGACUGUGAUUUGUGGCUUCCGUUGAUUAUGGUAAUGCGGAGUAACAAUCGGUUGUUGUUAUUCACUGACUGAAAAUAAUGUUGACUGAAAAAUUGCUUUCAAAGAGAAAUGUUUGUCAAAUCCAAGCUGAGGAACUUUCAUAAUUAGGUAAAAAGCAGAUCUACUAAACAAGAAGUCUUGUAAAUCCUCAUCUCAUUAUCACCUACAUUAAAAGAAGGAAGUUGUGAACUUUUUGGGAAUGAUUCAUUCAAUGAAGUGAAUUUGACCAUCACUGCCCAUGCAAGUAAUUAUUCACUCUAAUGAAAUAGAAAAAAAAUACUCCACUCAGGUGAAUUAUUAUGUAAUGGGUGCCAGCUGCAUCCAACAUUCCAGAAUUAAUUCAAUCAUCACCUCACUCCAAUAAACAUAGCUCCUAAUGCAGGCAGAUUCAUUACAGCAGCAAAGAUGCAUUUGAAUAAAGGUUCUUGAACUUACACCUGCGAUGUUCAUAAAUUAAGGGUUGCUUAAUAGAAAUGAGAUCUUCCAUACCAAUAACUCUAUCUGCUCCUGCCUCCUGGUUCUUUCAACUAACUUCUGAUCUGUCCACAUUCCUCUUAAAGCACCUACAAGAGAGCAAUGGGUGUGAUCUGGACUGAGUCACCCCCAAAGGUAAAACUGCAAACUUCUUUGUAUUUUCCUUCUCCUUCCCCGAGUAAGGUUGCUUGAGGCGAGGGAUGGCAGAGAAUCACAUCAGCCCACAAGUACGAGGCCACAAUCACAUGGCUGCCUGUGAAUUACAGGCUGUCGCCGAGUUACGAAGGCCUGACGUAUGAGCUGGCUGCCCUAAAUUAUUAAAUUCAAAUGUUUGAGGUACCUACAAAUGCUUGUUCCUAUGAACGGCAGAACUAGUCCCCUCUCUCCACUUUUGGUAAUUGUUCUUUCUAUUUUGUCUUAAGUGUUUUGAUACGAUUUAUUACAACACCUUGGCGGUAUGAUUACCAAAAUAAGUAAUUUUUGUGUCUUUUCUGACCCGUGGACAAAAUCUGCUUCUGGAUGACUGUGAAAACGAACCCAUUCGUUACCUGGGGAUGGCCUUAAUAUUGUGUACCAUUCAUUCAGCAUUAAGGGCAGGAUUGCAAGAACUUUGAAGCAUAACAAGAUUUUAGAGCUGUGAUUGUUCUACAUGUAGGUCCUACUUAUUUGCAUUGAUCUAAUAUUUACUCUCACUCUUGCUUUCAUUAACCCCUUGACUGUUUACAACUGAAGUCCUUAUAGGGAUUAUCCCGGCUUUUAAAAACACCAAAAUGAUGUUAGGUAAAUAUGGGUUUGAUUAAAGCAAAGGGAUCCAGAAAGAUAUUUCACAGCUUUAAAAAUCAAAGCAUCUUUUGGCUGGAACUUAACACCACAGAAACUGGCAGAGUCAGAACAGAAAGAUGAAAUGUUUGUUCUUUUUUUACGUAAAAAAAUUUAAAAUAAGCACUUCAGUAUUGCUAUCAAUCAUGGAAAAAACUGCUCUAAGUCAAGGACAAUCGGUGUGAGGAAGUGGGUUCUCUUUAAAUACCCUUUCAACCAAUAUAACUUCUUCUAUUUUAUUGUUGAACAAUUCCUCAUGUUUAUGUAGGUUUAAUCUUUUACCACUUCUCACUGGAACUGCAUUCAGGAAGUAGAAGUAAAAUCCAGGCUGAGUGUUUGUUAGACCAUGAGUUUAUGUGGUAGAAAUUGGGAGGGACCACCAAUUUAUCCUGUGAAUCACACGAGUGAGCCCUUAGAUUGAUCUUUAAUUGGCUGCAAGUAGGCAAAUCUAUGCCCAUAAUGUCUGUUUGGGAUGAACUGGUGAUGAAAUAACUUGGGUAAUUGAACUGAAAUCAAAAUCUAUUGUAAAACAGAGAAUAACAGUGAGAUUGUUAAACUAGAAAGAUUAGCCGUGCAGGGUGUCACAUUGUUAGUGUGUGAUUGCUGCAAAUCCUCUGGCUGCAUUGUACAAGUACGGGUUGUUGUCUCUCUCUAGGACAGGAAAUUGUCCCACUACAGUCUGUGUGUAUUUUGCAGUGUAUCACAAUGGUUUUCUAGAUAGGACAUCAACUAUUUGUUAGCAAUGAAUUAACUUUGCAAAGGUUUCAGCAGUGGUAUUUAUUCUGACUGUUAACGAUGACACCAUUGUGGCAUUAAAAAGAAGAGGCAAUGUCAUCCUAACAAGGGGUGUGAAGUUGGGAGAAUGCUUUGCUUAUGUGCUGUUUAGCAUUAUGAUGGUGCCAUGUGGUUUAUAUACUUGCCAUUCUCCACAUGUGCUUUAUGAUUUCCUAGAAUGAAUGAAAGUAAAGGUUUUGUUAUUACCUUUGUCAAUUAGCACUCUGUUCUACCAGUAGUUUUUUUAAAAUCCACACAGUUAUCAUAAAAGGGACACUGUCUCCAUCAAAAUGAACACAACCACAGUUUACAAGAGGUGUUUUAAAGUUCGAGUCCAUUGUUUGUUCUUGCAGGUUAUCAAUGUAGUAUUUCAUUAUUGUUGCUUUGAAACACUAAUAUGUUGUAAAAGUUUUUUAUAUCACUGUUGCAACUCAGUUCUUGGGGAUUUCUUUUAUAUUCUCUUAGUGCUUUUGUGUGAGCAUCCUGCAGAGGCUCACAGGGGUACCAUGGUUUUUAACAAUGCCAUGUUACAGAAAAUCACCUGGGUUUCUUUUUGUUUCAUGUAACAUGGCUGCCCUCCAGAAGGAUUAUUUGAGUUUGCCUGUUUAUAUAUCAAAAAUGUAUUUAAGAUAAAUUGCAGCUUGUGUUUUUUGUGUGAGACUAACCUUUGGCAUCUGAACUUUCACUUACUGACCAUUUUGCAUAUAGACUGGUGCAGUGUGACAUCACAAUCACAUAUCCUGUAUUUUCAAUAGGUCAAACUCAUCAAUCAACCGGGUGGUUUAGUGAAAGAUGGGAUACUCUGGUUCCAUAGCAACAUCUGAAAGAUAAAGAGAACCAGAUUCCCAUGGUGCUUGGGGCUCUUUCAGAUAUAAUGAAUGAAGACCUUUCACAUGAGAACAAAUAACAGGUUUCUCUUCUUUUUUUUCUUAACUUAAACUGUAUAUUAUUCCUGGGCAAAAUUAUUAUUGACCUUUUGUCUAGAAAGGUCAAAGGUCAACUCAAGAAGUAGAUUUGUUAGGAAUUUCUGGCUUGCAAGUCAGAUAUUUAUGCAUUUAUAAGAUGUGGUUCAGUAGAUUCAUCACAGGUGACUGGAGUAAAAUGUGUUAGUUGCAUAAUCUUUCAAGUUGCAACUUUUGAACAAAUAUGUUGUAAUAUUAAAAAAAUGAGGUGGAUUUUAGCGUCCAUUAUUAUCUGAGCUGAUCUGUACUGGCUCUGUUACUUGAUGCAAGAAUCCCUUGUGCAUCACAGAAUUUCCUGUGACAUUCUGUACUUUAAAUCAGAGGGAGAAAUUUUUUUUAAAAAGGCAGUGCUAACUUUGGGGACCCAGCCUUUUGCCAGAGGGAUUGAGUUAGGGUGGCCUUGCAUUUGAAGUUUUAAAAAUAGAAUGCACAGUAGAGAAAUGAUGUGUACACCAAACCUCAAACCCCCACCUCUCCUCCCCGCCCCAUCCAACCCCAUCGGAGGUCUGGCUGUGUUCCAUCUGGUACUUGAUGUGAUGUCACCAUUGGACCAAUCUGCUAGGCGUUCUGUUACCUAUUUGUUCAGUCCAGUGACACGAGUGCAAUACUUCCUCACUGCUGGCUGGGUUUUUAUUUGCUUGUAAAGUGAGAGCUUCUGGGGACUGGAAUUGUGAUGCAUCAUGGGAAAAUAAAUGGGCAAGAAAUGGCGCAGGCCCGUCUGAGACUUGCUCAAUAGCGUUUUAAUCCUACAAGGAGAAGUUUUAAAAAAAUUAUACAAUAAAAAAACUACAAUAUUACAGAGUUAUUUACUAGAUAUUAAAAUAUUUUGAAACUGAAAACCCAGGAGAGCUUUUUUUUUAAGCUUGUUGAUUUUUGUUUUUUAUUUUGUUUUCAGUUUUUUUGUUGAAAUGGAAGGAACUGUUAUUCUAAAAAAAGUGUUUAAAUGUAGUAAAAACCCUAUUGUAAAUGUGUAAAGUAUGACUAUGGUCUCAGUUUUUGUGUAAACACUAAAAAAAUAAGUUUUAUGGACACAAUCUCUAUGUAAAAGCAUUUUAGUAUUAAGAUUUUUAUAGAUAACUUGGCUUCUGAAUAAAUAUUUUAAAAAAAA